AUGUCACUUGGCCCAAUUGAAACGAAUCACGGGAUUUCCCCCGAACUUCUUCCGCACGGCCACCCGCUAGUCCUGAAGUGGACUAUGGAGUGCCAAAUGAAGCUAGCGUGUGCGGACAAAUUGCCGACUCCUGAUUUGCUCCAGACUUCGGCAAUGGAUUUUCUUACAGCAUCCGAUGUGCUUGGGCUUAUUAUUCUCAGAAGAAUUGCUUGGUGGUCUCCAAAUUUGUCAAAUGGUCAGAAUGAAGCUGCUGCGGCUCCCAAUGAGAGUGGGAGUGAAGAACAGAAGUUGCCCCCUCUUUCUCUGAAAGACUUUGGCGUCUAUAAUCGUAUGGCGGCACAGAUGGAUGGAUUUCACAACCAUUUUCGCCUGUCUUGGAAGGAUCUCCAGAACGCAUGCGAAACCAAUGGAAAGCGGUCCAGCGGAUUAAAGCCCAAACAACUGAUACUCACUGGACUGCGUUUCUGCUCUCAGCUUGACUUCCACCACAGUAUUGAAGAAGAGCAUAUAUUUCCUGUGCUAGCUCGAAAGAUGCCAGAGUUCCGACAGAAGAAGACUCUAUUGGCACAACAUAAGAAAAUACAUCGUGGACUGGACGAACUUGAACAGUACUUAGAGAAAUGCCGCUCCGGCGAGGAAGACCUUGAACUGACAGAGAUGAAACGACUAAUGGACGCGUUUGGGGAAGUAUUGUGGACGCAUCUGGAUGAAGAGGUUCGGACUCUUGGUGCGGAGAAUAUGCGAAAGUACUGGACGUUGGAGGAGAUGCGCACACUUCCUAUGUGA